AUGUCGGUCAUGACCACUGAGCCGCCGACGCCCACACGCACUUCGAGCGGUUUCAGCCUCCUCUCGAAAAUCAAGUCCCACAAGGAAUCCAAAUAUCUCAGCCCUUCCAAGCCGCCGGUCCAUCGGACGGGGAGCUAUGGCAGCAAUUUCGACCUUCCAUCGCGACCGUCGCCUUUCUCGUUGCCCGCUCGGGAAGGCGCAGGAGCCAAAGCUCGGCGCUUGAGCGCAGAUCCUCGAGACGAUUUCUUCGUCGAUGUUUGUCCGCUGGAGGACGAGUUUGUCUCGGCGUCCAAGAUAGGCCGGCGAAAAGAGAUCGGGAAGGGUGCCAGUGCAACAGUCAAGAUCAUGCUGCGCAAGGGUGAGAAGAAAGGUGAGGGCGCGGCGCUGUAUGCCGUCAAGGAGUUCCGCAAGAAGUCUGCGAGGGAAACAGAGGAAGAAUACGUUCGGAAGGUCAAGUCGGAGUACACCAUUGCCAAAUCUCUUAACCACCCCAACAUAGUGCAAACCGUGCGGCUGUGCACGAACAAUGGACGCUGGAAUCAUGUCAUGGAGUAUUGCGCGCAAGGCGAGCUCUUCAGCCUAGUAGAACGAAAGUAUUUCAAGGCCGAGGACCGGAACUGCAUCUUCAAGCAAGUCCUUCGCGGGGUCAACUACCUGCACGAACACGGGAUUGCGCACCGCGACAUCAAACUGGAAAACCUGCUCAUGACGGACGAUGGAUAUAUCAAGAUCACUGAUUUUGGUGUUUCGGAGGUGUUUCGUGGUGAUCAUCCGGGGAUUGCGCUUUCGGGAGGACGGUGUGGACAAGGCAUGAGAGAGGUUCGCAAGUCGGCUCCUGGUAUUUGUGGUUCGAAGCCAUACAUAUCGCCCGAGGUUUUAGCCCAAGACCGGGAAUACGAUCCAACCAAAUUGGACGUAUGGGGUUGUGCGAUCCUCUUUCUGACCAUGUUUCACAUCGGCAACCCGUGGCAAAGUGCGAGCAAGAAGGAGAUGAAUUAUUCCCUGUUCCUGGAAGGCUGGCAAGCGUUUCGGGAGCGAUUCCAGGAUUCGGCCAUUGACGAGAACUGCCAUCCGCAAUGUGGGCCCAUCUUCAAUGCGCUGCCGUCGAAUUCGAUCCGGCGGUGUAUCCUCAAGAUGCUUCACCCCGAACCCGAAUGGCGAUGCAGCAUCAGCGACGCGCUGAACGAUCGAUGGAUCAAGGGAGUCGAAUGCUGUUCACGCGAGGAUACCGGACCGACGUUCGAAGCGAUUGAUGUGUCCAAGACUGGGUGUCACAAGGUGGCUGCCAGAAUGAAAGUACAAGCCAAACAUGACCAUCUGCCACCACCCGUCAAGCGACUGCCUCAACAUCGCUUUGAUAUGGGCGAUGGGACAUCUCGCUACGACUGA